AUGCUCGGACGCGCUGGGCGGGAAGAUUCUGUGGUGGAUGUGGAUGGGACGAUGGAUGUGUCGAGCGUGGUGGUCGUGUCAGACGUGCGAGAUGCUUCAGAUGUAGUCGUUGAAUCGGAUGUGCUCGUGUCGGACGAUGUAGACGUAUCAAACGCAUCUGACGUCUUAGAUGUAGUGGUGGACUCGCUCGCCUUGCUGAGCGUGCCCGUCGUGCUAGAUUCAAUGGUGCUGGACGACCUUGUUUCGACAGGCUGCUCUGUUUCCGACGCACUCGUAUGGCUCUCCGGGAGCUCGGACGGAGUGGACGAUUCGGUGGUGCGAGUAGUUUGGACUGCAGUAACCUCAGAUGACCACGGUGUAGUAAACGGAUCUGGAUCCAGCGUGGAAGUUGGAAUUAGAGGAGGGUCCCACGAAUUAGGAGCCGGCCCUUCGAUCUCGGUGUAG